AUGCACACAGAGCUGGUGUUUUGCAAGUCAAAAGUUUUUGUUCAUUGCAGCUCAAAAGCUGAGGAUAACAUACCUGGAUUUCUACUUAUAACGAGGGACACUCAACAGCCGGCUUUGGAAGCUACAGUGACUUGGAUCCCUGAAAAGGACUUGGAAAAAGACCAGAUCAGUGAGCUCACGAAAGCGGAUGUCGACCGGGCGUCUGGAAGUCGAAAGCGAAGAAUUAAAAAAGAUAUUGUCUCGCAAGCCUUGUACGUUGCUUGGGCAUUUUCACUUAAGGUGAGCUCGAUUUUCUCCAUACAGUUCAGACCACCAAGCCCCAGCGGUUAUUGGUAUGGGUCUGUGGCUAUAAACUCGAGAAAUCCUCAGGAACAAGACUCUAUACCAAUCUUGUUCUUUCACGAUGACGUCUGUCCUUCCACCAAGGACAAAAAGAAGGAGCUAUCAAAGUCAUUCGAUCCGUUCAAUGGAACAGACGUAUAUUGGGGUGCUCAUGACUUUCGGGAUGCGCUGCUAGAUAUUGCUGAUCUCAAGCAAACGUUUGUUGACCCCACGGUCUGGCUGGUCAACGCUACCCUAGACGACCUUAGAAAUUUCUCACCCUCAAGUCCAAAGCAGGGUCGAAAUAACACUAAAGCUUCCAGUCCGGAUCAAUCUUUGUGGAACAAAUUUGACGAAGCUAAAUGGAGCGUCAUGUCCAAAUUUGCGGACCUCACAACUAAGUCUACCAAUCGCAUUGCAACUGUUUUUUCACAGCACCCUUUUGUUAGAUUCGUUGACAAACACAAUAACAAUCCUUACGUGAAGCAGAUACUCAGCAACCCCAAAGUUCAAGAAAUCCAAGACGAUUUUGACUCUGCCAAGAUAUACUUGGCGAAAUGGGCUUUGGGCGUAAAAGAACAGGCAGAAAAGUAUCAGACAAAGAAUGGCAUGGAUGAUACUUACAGACGUUUACUAUUCAACGAGCUUGGUAGCGAUGGAGGUGAUGUUCAGCUAACAGAUGAAGAACUCAAUAUAGCCAUGCAAAGGGCUCACACCCUUUCGCGUGCUAAAUGGGAAUCUUUUUUCGAUGCAGAAGGCCGACUCUCAAUAACUGUUCAUGAAGUCAAAGACUACAUUUUUCAUGGUGGGGUUAAAGACAAGCACCUGAGGCGAGAGAUAUGGUUGUUUUUGCUUGAGGUAUUUCCAUGGGAAUCCUCUGCAGAAGAACGUCGCAUUUUGGAGGAAACCCUGCGUGACAGCUACCGGAUCAACUUCAAAAGUAAGUGGGAGUAUCGUGAACCUAAUUCUGAUGCCGAUGAAGAGGCAUAUUGGCACGAUCAGGUAUUACGCGUCGAAAAGGACGUUAAGCGAAAUGACAGAGACUUGCCACUGUACAAGCAUAACACAGAUGACGGAGAAGCAAUUUCUGGUACCGAACUAGACCAAGCGCAAUCAGAUGAGUUGCAGGACAAUGACACCUGGACUGUUAGAAAUCCCCACCUUCAAAAACUCCGGAGCAUUUUGCUCAGUUACAAUGUCUACAACGAUGAUCUAGGGUACGUGCAAGGAAUGUGUGACUUGUUAUCGCCCGUUUAUUACAUUUUGCAAGAUGAAGAAUUGUCAUUUUGGGCUUUCGUCAGCUUUAUGAAUCGAAUGGAAAGAAACUUUUUACGCGAUCAAUCUGGCAUCCGCGAUCAAAUGCUAACACUUACCGAUCUAUGUCAGUUGAUGCUACCCAAAAUGAGUCAUCAUUUGGCAAUGUGUGACUCUUCAAAUCUCUUCUUUUGUUUUAGGAUGCUGCUAGUUUGGUUUAAGAGAGAAUUCGAGUUUGACGAUGUAUGCAACAUAUGGGAGGUGUUUUUUACCGAUUUCUACUCAUCCCAGUUUCAGCUUUUUUUCAUGCUGGCUAUCUUACAGAAAAACAGCUUGCCUGUGAUGCAGAACCUCGACCAAUUCGAUCAAGUUCUGAAAUUCUUCAAUGAGCUCAAGGGAACGAUGGAUUGGAGCGAUCUGAUGAUAAGAAGCGAACUGCUUUUUGUCAAGUUCAAGAAAAUUAUGAAUAUACUUGCAAGAAGUGCAGAGCUCGAUGAGUAUACCCUUUUAUCGAAUGAGGGAAAUGUGAUAACGGAAACUUCUGCUUCCGAAGCAGAGCAAUCACCAGAUGACCGAGCUUCUUUGGUGACAGAAAACUUGAAGCAACUGCUAUCCAAGAAGCUCGUCAUAAAAAGAGAGCCCACGAGAAGUAAAAACUCAGUUAAAUGA